AUGGCUUCGAAAACAAACAAACGAGAUACUAAAGGCAAAGGAAAGAAGUCUGCGUUGCUGCAUCAGCCGAGGCGAAAGGCUAGCCAGAAGUUUGAGGAUGAUGGUACACAGAUGGAAGGAAUGCCGAAGUCACAGAUGCAGACCAAGGUAGUUUCAGUCCACAAGACAGUUUCCCAGGUACUUUUUUAAAUUUUAAAUUUGAUGUUGUAAUUCUACUUUAUAUUAAUUUGUGUUUUUUAGGACAACGAAAAUUUUCGGAAUGCAUUGCGAGAGUUCUGCAUGAACGCUAUCAAUAUAGGAGCGGCAAAACUGGGAAGUGAUUUUGCGGCCACCCGGCUGGCUAUGCCGAAAAACCUACCAAAAACGGCCUUUCUCGCUAAUCCUACAAAAAAUAGAUACAAGGACGUCUUCUGUUUGGAUAAUAGUAUUGUUAAGCUUACCUGGCCGCCUGACGAUCCCAACGAUUAUAUUCACGCCAACUAUGUUCCGAUUGAAGGUAAGACUGUAUAUUUGAACAAAACUUUGCAUAUGUGUGUAUUAUAGUAGUAAAGAUGCGUCUUAUGGGUACAUAAAAUUUGGUGGUCUAUAAAAUUAUUCAGAUUUCAAUAAAAGAUGAUAAUAUAUUUAUCUAUAUCAGGUCGCAAAAAGUAUAUAUGUACCCAAGGCCCAACCGAAAAGACCGUGAAUGACUUUUGGAGAAUGAUAUGGCAAGAGAAGUGUCAAGGGAUUCUGAUGCUGACUGAAGUGAUGGAGCUGGGGAAGAAGAAGUGCGAGCAGUAUUGGCCACAAAAGGCAGGGGAAGAAGUUGAAUAUGGCCCGGUCAAAGUAAAAGCCGUGAAGCUUCUGAAUCCAGAAGAGAACUUCCACAGUACCUGGUUAGAAGUGUCAGCUGAAGGCUCCAGCAUCACCGUAGAGCAUAUGUUGUGGAAGAAGUGGCCAGACCGUGGAGUACCAAAGGAAUACAUGUGUUGUUUUAGGAUGAUCAAGAAGAUGGCACAGUUCAUGCCAGUAGUAGUACACUGUUCUGCUGGAAUUGGUCGUACUGGUACCAUAGUUGGUCUGGAGAUCAUGUUGUGUAGGCUACAAAAGGGGGAGACGUGUACGAUGGCAGAUAUUGUAGCAGAGUUGAGGCAGCAUAGACACGGGUCGGUACAAACAAUGUAUCAGGUACGUUUAUUAGUGAUAAAUUUGAUGUAGGUGAAGGUUGCUUAGAAUGGUAAUAAGAGAUGAAUGUUUCAGUACCUUUACAUGCAUCGUGUCAUGAUGGAGUUUGCCAUAAACAAAAAGGCCGUCACAAGAGAAGAGAUGAAAAGAUUCUUUGCCGAUUACGAGAAGAUCGUCAACAAGCAAGGAGCCAGCUGA